AUGGCACGCUUUGGGCUCUGUGCACUUCUUGCCCUCUUGGCCGCCGCCACGCUGGCGACGGCGAUGGUGGAGGCCCUCUACGCCGCGCCCGUUGGACAACUGCGUGAGACGGGCUCCGGGUGGCGUCCCUGCGACCCGAACGUGCCGCAGUGGAGCGGCUACUUCGACAUCCCCGGCAAGGAUGGCGACAAGCACUACUUUUACUGGGCCUUUGGUCCCCGCAACAAGAACCCAAACGCCCCUGUGCUCCUGUGGAUGACGGGGGGCCCGGGCUGCAGCUCCAUGCUGGCGCUGCUCGUGGAGAAUGGGCCCUGCUGGGUGAACGAGACCACCGGCGACCUCGACAACAACAAGUACUCGUGGAACAAUGAGGCGUAUGUGAUCUACGUUGAUCAGCCUGCGGGUGUGGGGUUCUCCUACGCCGAAAAGGCCGACUACGACAAAGACGAGAUGGGGGUUUCGGAGGACAUGUACCACUUUCUCCAGGCCUUCUUCACGGCUCACAAGGAGCUGCGUAAUAAUGAAUUCUUUGUUGUGGGAGAAAGCUACGGUGGACACUACGCCCCUGCUACGGCACACCGCGUUAACCAGGGCAACCGCAACCACGAUGGCCUUCCCAUCCGCCUUGCAGGCCUCGCCGUCGGCAACGGCCUCACGGACCCAUACACGCAGUACGCCGCCUACCCGGCGUUGGCGUGGGACUGGUGCCAGAAGGUGCUUGGAAAGCCCUGCGUCUCUCAAGACGCCUACGGCCUGAUGCAGGGUAUGGUGCCGACAUGCCAAAAGUCCAUUGAAGUGUGUAACUCCGGCAACAACAUUCUCGCGAAUGCGUCCUGCUUCAUUGGACGCUUGCUGUGCAAUCCCAUCGUUGGGAUUUACAGCGUCACGGGACGCAAUGUCUACGACAUCCGCAAACAGUGUGUUGGAACCCUUUGCUACAACUUUGAGGCCGUGGACAAGUUCAUGAACCGGCAAGAUGUGCAGAAGUCGCUUGGGGCGGACGCCCGGAAGUGGAACUCGUGCAACACCGAAGUCAACCUCAUGUUUGCGAUUGAUUGGUUCAAGAACUUCAACUACACCGUGCCGGCGCUUCUGGCCGACGGCGUUCGCGUGAUGGUUUACGCAGGCGACAUGGAUUUUAUCUGCAACUGGAUUGGCAACAAGAACUGGACGACGGCGCUGCACUGGCCUGGCCAAGAGGCGUUCAAUGCAGCCGCGGACAAACCCUUCGCGAACCCCGACGGCUCUCCGGCGGGACUUGUGCGCACCGCCGCCGCGCCGUCGACGGCGGCCUUCAGCUUCGUUCAGGUGUACAACGCGGGGCACAUGGUGCCGAUGGAUCAGCCGGCCGCUGCCUCAGUGAUGAUCAACAAGUUCAUGCAGAACGCGCCGUUUAACUGA